AUGUCUAAUUUUCUAUAUAAUCAAAAAUUGGGUAAAGAAGAAAAAAUCAUCUGUUCAUCUAAAUCAAUCAAAAAGGAAAAAAGAAGAAAUUAAUAUACUAUAGAAUUCAAAUUCGGUAGUGAUAUAGAUGUAACUAAACUUAAGUAAGUUAUUCAAAUUAAUCAAUAAAUCCCUGCUUAUAUACCAUUAAAUAUAACAUUCAGACUUGAAUCUGAUAUUUUGAUUCCAAUUUAAUUGGAUUCUAAUCUUUAAUUAGGUGCUUUAUCUAUAGAUCCAAUCUCCUAUAAUUAUCGAAUUGUUUAGUAUGUUAAACAUCAUAAUAAUUACUUAUUUUAUUUUGAGCCAAUAGAUAGACCCUUUACUCCUCUCUAAAUUGUAAAAACCACCUUAGAAAAAUAUCAUCCAUCUUUAGGAGAGCUAUUUGAGUCUUUUCAUUUCAAUAUGUUGAAAAAAAAUAAAUUCACUGUUUCUACUGAGGAAGAAAUUAAGGAAUAUGAAAACAGCAUUAAAAACUCUUUUGCAGUUUAUAUAUAAAAGAAAUAAAAAGGCAAAAUAACUACUUUGAUAAAGUCAAUUAAUGCCUAAUACUUGUAAUUAAUGGGAAUCAAUGACUAAAUAUUGCAGGACUAUAUUAAUUAAACAGGACUGUUACCAUGGUGUUUUUCUAAUGACCAUCAAUAAUUUAUAAGUUAAAUAAGAGGAAUGUUUUAAGGAGCCCAUUAGCAAAUUAAAAGUUCAAUACAAGCAAUAAACUAUAAUGGAUAAUUAUUUCAAGUAAAUAUAACUCCAAAAAUAUUUCAUACAUAUAAUUAAGAAGAUGAUUCUUAUUUAUAAUUUAUGUACUUUUAAUAAGAAUAUAAUUCCUAAAUUAUGACUUAAAACUAAAUAGGUUAAAACAUGAUUGAAUAUUUUAAUUUAAAAUCGAAAAUGGUUAAAUAGGAUAUUAUUGAAAAUGAUUAAAUUAGAAGAUGCAAAUAUAGAACAAUUUGA